AUGGACGACAGCAACGAAAACAGGACUUCCUUAGUGAAGGGGGCCAAGGACAUCGCCAAGGAGGCCAAGCGGCACGCUGUGAAAAAGGUCAACAAGGUCAUGGACAGCACCACAGACGAGUACUCCCAGCGCAAAUACAGCCGUUUCGAGGACGAGGUGGACGAGGGGGACGACUUUUACCGUAACCCUCCCAGGCAGGACGGAGGCUACAAUGACAACGACCAGGCCAGUGAUGCCAGCGACGCCACAGAGGGCCAUGAUGACGAAGAUGAGAUCUACGAAGGGGAGUACCAGGGAAUCCCAGCGGCCGGAGACAGGCGGGCCAGGGAGGGGCAGGUGGCUCUGGGGCAGCCCGUCACAGACAGCCUGAAAGACCGUAAGGAGCUGGAGCAGGAGAGGCAGGCGGACGAGGAGGAACUCGCCCAGCAGUAUGAGCUGAUCAUCCAGGAGUGUGGCCACGGCAGGUUCCAGUGGCAGCUGUUCCUGGUGCUGGGCCUGGCCCUCAUGUCAGAUGGGGUGGAGGUGUUCGUGGUGGGGUUUGUUCUACCCAGCGCCGAGACGGACAUGUGUGCUCUGGGUGGCUCCAACUCCAGAUCUGGAUGGCUAGGCAGUAUUGUGUACCUGGGGAUGAUGGUGGGGGCGUUCUUCUGGGGGGGCAUGUCGGACAAGGUGGGCCGCAGACAGUGUCUGCUCAUCUGCAUGUGUGUGAACGGCUUCUUCGCCUUCCUGUCCUCCUUCGUUCAGGGUUACGGCAUCUUCCUGUUCUGCCGCAUGAUCGCAGGCUUUGGAACAGGGGGGGUUGUACCCAUCGUCUUCUCCUUAUUUGCGGAGGUGCUGUCCAGAGAGAAGAGAGGGGAGCACCUGAGCUGGCUCUGCAUGUUCUGGAUGAUUGGCGAGAUCUAUGCUUCAGCCAUGGCCUGGGCCAUUAUACCACACUACGGCUGGAGUUUCAGUAUGGGUUCUGCCUACCAGUUCCACAGUUGGAGAGUGUUUGUGGUCGUCUGCGCCCUGCCCUGCGUUUGUGCUGUCGUGGCUCUCACUUUCAUGCCCGAGAGCCCCAGGUUUUACCUGGAGGUGGGGAAGCACGACGAGGCUUGGAUGAUCCUCAAGCAGAUCCAUGACACCAACAUGCGAGCGCGUGGGCAGCCGGAGAAAGUCUUCACCGUGAACAGAAUCAAGAUCCCCAAGCAUUUGGAUGAGCUGGUGGAGAUGAAAUCAGAGUCGGGGAACCCAGUCUCCAAGGCCCUCUUCAGGUCCAAGACAGAGCUAUGUGGGAUCUGGGUUAACUUUAUGAAGUGUUUCGACUACCCUCUGAAAGAAAGCACUAUCAAGCUAGCUAUUGUUUGGUUUACGCUGUCAUUUGGGUACUACGGCCUGUCUGUGUGGUUCCCUGACGUCAUCAAGCACCUCCAGGCAGAUGACUACGCCUCCAAGGUGAAGAUCCACAGCAACGAACGCAUCGAGGACUUCACCUUCAAUUUCACCAUGGAGAACCAGAUCCACACCAAUGGUGUCUUCAUCAACGACAGAUUUGUUAAUAUGAAGUUGAAGUCCAUCACCUUCAUUGACUCAACCUUCCGUAACUGCUACUUUGACGACGUGACGUCGGUGGGAUCCUACUUCCGGAACUGUACCUUCAUCGAGCCGUUCUUCUACAACACUGACAUCGAUGACUCCAAACUGAUAGAUGGCACAGAGGUGAUCAACAGCACGUUUCACCACAACAAGACGGGCUGUCAGAUGACAUUUGACGACGACUACAGCGCCUACUGGGUCUACUUCAUCAAUUUCCUUGGAACUCUGGCUGUUCUGCCCGGCAACAUCGUCUCGGCACUGCUCAUGGAUAAAAUCGGACGCCUUUCCAUGUUAGGUGGCUCCAUGGUUCUGUCAGGGAUCAGUUGUUUCUUCCUGUGGUUCGGCACCAGUGAGUCGAUGAUGAUCUUCAUGCUGUGCCUUUACAACGGCCUGAGCAUAUCAGCCUGGAACUCACUGGACGUGGUCACCACAGAGUCCUUCCCUACAGAUAGAAGAGGGACAGGUUUUGGGUUCUGUAACGCCUUGUGUAAGCUGGCUGCAGUGUUGGGAAACCUGAUCUUUGGUUCUCUGGUUGGCAUCACCAAGUCCAUCCCCAUCCUCCUGGCCUCAUCUGUGCUGGUGUGUGGAGGCCUGGUGGGGCUCCGGCUGCCUGAUACCAGGGCCAACGUACUCAUGUAGCCCCAGGAAGGACCACCUGACCUGUGGAAGA